UGUGUGUGUGUGAACGGUCUGCAUUGACGCUGACGCUGCUGUGUCCGGCAGAGAGAGGCAGAGAGAGGCAGUGUUUCUGAGGGAGUUUCACUUCAGUAGCAGCGGAGGAGCCGAUAAAAACAACACAGAGAUUCCUUUAUAAAGACUAGCGAAAACGACUCACACUUGACACGGAUUCAGGAGCAUAAACAAGCACAUCAAUGCUGCUCAUCCCGGGCCGGGCUUUGCUUCUCUCUCUCCUCCUGACAGGCUCGCAGUUUCUGGACGCAGAGGACAGAGACAGCGGCGUGUGCCGGCCGGGUUUCUCUGAGGAUUCAUACACCACAGUGAUUCCUGAAGCUGUGCUGCUGCCGGGACAGCCCGUCUUCACCGUGAAGUAUGUGGACUGUGGCAGACGAGCUCAUGUGAGGUUUGAAUGCAGUCAGCCUGAAGACUUUCGGAUAUCAGUGGAUGGAGUCGUGUACGCCCUCCGCCGGCUGCACCCGUCUCGCUCCUGGAUGUCUCCUCUGCUCAUUAGAGCCCAGGACGAUGCCACCCAUCAGCAGUGGCAGACGCAGGUCAGACUGCUUCCUGCAGGAGCUCAUCCAUCAGCGGAACAAGAUGUGUUCAGGAGAGAUAUACCAGAAAUAUUGUUUCCUUCCCGACUGAUAGACAUGUCUCUCAAACGCAUGAAGAGAGACUGGGUUAUUCCUCCUAUCAAUGUGGCAGAAAACUCAAGAGGGCCUUUCCCAAUGAAACUGGUCAUGAUCCGCUCAGAUAAUGAUGAGAAGGUGAGUUUGCGGUACAGCGUGACGGGCCCCGGGGCCGACCAGCCGCCCACUGGAGUCUUUUCCAUUGACCCCGUCUCAGGACAGCUAAGCGUCCUCAAGCCUCUGGACCGAGAGCACAUGCCCAGCUUCAAUUUGAGGGCACAUGCGGUGGACCUGAAUGGUAAUCAGGUGGAAAACCCCGUUGACAUCAUGAUCAACGUUAUUGACAUGAAUGACAACCGACCAGAGUUCAUCCAGCAGAUCUGGAAUGGAAGCGUUCCUGAAGGCUCUAAACCAGGCACGUCAGUAAUGACAGUGACUGCAGUAGACAAGGAUGAUCCCAAAACUAUUAACGGGCAGCUGCGCUACAAGAUUGUGUCUCAGAAUCCCGACAGCCCCAGUCCAAACAUGUUCACCAUUAACAACAGGACAGGAAGUAUCAUCACUGUUGCUGCUGGGCUGGACCGAGAGAAAGUGCCGCAGUACACACUGAUUAUUCAAGCCACUGACAUGGAAGGAAAUCCCAUGUACGGUCUUUCUAAUACAGGCACAGCUGUUAUCACCAUCACAGACAUCAACGACAACCCUCCAGAGUUCACCUCGGACACCUUCUUUGGCGAGGUACCAGAGAACCAGGUCAACAUUAUUGUGGCAAACUUGACGGUGAUGGACAAAGACCAGCCCAGCACAGCAGCGUGGAACACUAUCUACCGGAUAACAGCGGGUGACCCUGCGUCUCAUUUCUCUGUGCCCACGGAUCCAGUUUCUAACAAAGGCCUGGUGACUGUCGUCAAGUCCAUUGACUAUGAGAUCAACAGAUCGUUCGUGCUGACAGUGGUGGCAGCAAAUGAGAUUCCUCUUGACAAAGGCAUCCGUCUGCCCCGUCAGUCCACAGCCACCGUCUCCAUCCGCGUCACAGAUGUCAAUGAGAGCCCUUAUUUCGAACCCAACCCAAAGCUGCUGGAGCUGCAGGAGGGUCUGCCGGCAGAGUCUGUGAUCGCUACCUUUACUGCUCAGGAUCCAGACCGCUUCAUGGAGCAGAGCCUCAGGUACAGCACGCUGUCUGACCCUGCAAACUGGCUGAGGAUUGAUCCCAUGAAUGGAGAAAUCACAACCACUGGUGUUUUAGACAGAGAGUCUCCAUUAGUUCAAAACAAUAUCUACACGGCUAUGUUCCUUGUCACUGACAGCGGAAUUCCUCCGGCCAGCAGCACCGGUACUCUGCAGAUCCUUCUUCUGGAUGUCAAUGAUAAUGCUCCUGAGGUUUUCCCACCAGAGACGGUUAUGUGUGAAAAGCCUGAGAACAAUGGCAUUAAUAUCACAGCAGUGGAUGCAGACCUUGAGCCCAACACUGGACCCUUCUCUUUUGAGCUUCCCUUACAGCCCAGUGAUGUUAGGAAGAACUGGACGAUCACACGUCUCAGCGGUGAUUAUGCACAACUGUCUCUUAAAAUUGACUUUUUGGAGAAUGGAAUCUACAAGGUUCCCAUUAUAAUCACAGACUCUGGUGACACGCCACUGUCCAACACCUCCUAUCUGCGAGUGAAGGUCUGUCAGUGUGAUCUCAAUGGAGACUGCAUAGAUCAGGAGCGCAUCAUGUCCGCCGGGCUCAGCACAGGAGUAAUUAUUACCAUCCUGCUCUGUAUCAUCACCCUCCUCAUCCUUGUGUUGUUGUUCGUUGUGUGGAUGAAAAGGAGAGAUAAAGAACGAAUGGCCAAACAGCUGCUGAUUGACCCAGAGGAGGACAUCAGAGACAACAUCCUGAAAUAUGAUGAAGAGGGAGGAGGGGAGGAAGACCAGGAUUAUGACCUGAGCCAGCUGCAGCAGCCAGAUACAGAGAUUGAAGGCAUCAAGCCCUUUGGCAUCCGCAGGUUGGAUGAGAGACCUCUGCAUCCCGAGCCCCAUUACCCUGUCAGAUCAGCCGCACCUCAUCCUGGAGAUAUUGGAGAUUUCAUCAGUGAGGGUCUAAGGGCUGCUGAUAAUGACCCUACUGCUCCACCGUACGACUCGCUGUUAGUGUUUGACUACGAGGGUAACAGCUCUACUGCAGGAUCACUCAGCUCCAUCAACUCCUCCAGCAGUGAUGGAGACCAGGAUUACGAUUACCUCAAAGACUGGGGUCCCCGCUUCAUGAAACUAGCUGACAUGUACGGUGGCACAGAUGAAUGAAAGACAAGAAGAGAGGAAUUCCACAGCUUUUUUCCUUAUUUCAGAUGACAGCUGCAGAUAUGGGUUUUAAAGUAUCAAUACAAGCAUCCCGAGGCUAAAUGUUAAUAGUUAACUCAAGGCUUAAAGUAAUAGUUAUGCAUUUAUGCUUGUGGAACGCUUUUAGAGUACGAUACUCUGUUACACUUGAACUUUACAGUAUAGAAGCACAGGUCUUUAAUGUGCCUUUUUGUACAUUCUUGGGAUCCGAAGGAUUUAUGUUCAAGGCUUUAAUUAUACUGACUUAAGGAGUGUUUCUGAAAUUUAAGGAUGUGUUAAUCUAUGAUCAAAUGAUUAUGCUUUUCUCUUUUUCUUAACUGUUCUGCAAAAGGAUUAUUUAACUUUCUUUUUUGCACAAAAUGAAGAUUCACAGAUUCACUGUAGAACAGACAAAUUGUAAGACACUACAAUUCACUAGAUUCUUAGGAUACUUUGCUCAACCACAAUUUCACAUAUGCACAUAGUUUGAAAUAAAAAAAGAUAACUGAAAUGUUGGUAAUUUCCUACAUUAUAUUGCAUUUACACAUAAGUUUGUGCUUCACAGUAAAGACUAAAAAAGGGCUAUUUCAUUAAAGAGCAGAACGAAUUUCUAAUUGACUCCUAAAUUGUUGCAUUAAUUUCAAUGGGAUAGUUAAUGUCAGAAUGGAUUUUUCAACAUUUAUGUGGAAAUUUGUUUUGCUCAUGUUUUGUAAGGCCCGAUGUGUGUACAUUUUCAUUUCAUGAAGUAUGAAAAAACAGCAUUUAAACAAAUAUUGAUGUACACCUUU